UGGUCUGUGACUGUCAUCGUUACUCGUUAGCUGACGUUCACCAUUUUCGUAACAAACAAAAGGAUUUCUCUAUUUCAUCACGAAACCUAUAAAGAAAUUCAAGAAUUUGAGGCCGUUGCUGAAGCGGAGGCCUAGGAGCGUCGAGCGUGAUGUGAGGGCUCGAUACGAGCGCGCGUCCAUGUCCGAUUCCCAAGAAAAAGGCCAGGGGGCCAUGCUAGAACCACGAAGACCUUUCUUCUAUCCGGACAGCAGUAGCGACACAGAAGAGUACAGAAGGGACGCAGAGGAGCGUCGCAAGCGUCUAUCGAAGCGAAACGGACCUAAUUUGCGUCGAAUCCCGCUAAACAUGCCGCCAAAAAACCAAACUCCUAAUACGCCUAUACCUUCGACUUCUACGCAGGAACCGCCGAAGAACGGGCAGAAAAACUUGUUCUGCGAUGAUAGAAUCACUUUGGUGGUAGAUAAUACAAGAUUCGUGGUGGAUCCAGCGCAGUUUACUGCCCAUCCUGAUACCAUGCUGGGGACGAUGUUUAGUUCUGGCAUAGAGUUCACCCAUCCAAACGAAAGAGGGGAGUACGAAGUUGCAGAAGGGAUAUCAGCAACCGUGUUCCGAGCUAUCCUGGAGUACUACCGCGGUGGCACCAUCCGUUGCCCCCCCACUGUCUCCGUGCAGGAACUGAGGGAGGCUUGUGACUACCUGCUGGUGCCCUUUGAUGCCAAUACUGUCAGAUGUCAGAACCUACGUGGCUUACUCCACGAGCUAUCAAACGAGGGUGCUCGUCGCCAGUUCGAGUGCUUCCUCGAGCGUCUGAUUCUCCCCCUGAUGGUAGAGUCAGCUCGGCGCGGGGACAGAGAAUGUCAUGUAGUGGUGCUGCUGGAUGAUGACUCUGUGGAGUGGGAUGAGGAAUAUCCCCCACAGAUGGGUGAUGAGUACAGCCAGACUGUACUCUCCACGCCUUUGUACCGCUUCUUCAAGUACAUUGAGAACAGAGACGUAGCCAAACAAGUAAUGAAAGAGCGUGGGCUCAAAAAAAUCCGUCUCGGGGUAGAAGGUUACCCAACAUACAAGGAAAAAGUUCGCAAGAGGCCCGGCGGUCGGGCAGAGGUCAUAUACAACUACGUUCAGAGGCCGUUCAUACACAUGUCUUGGGAAAAAGAAGAGGCCAAGAGUCGGCAUGUGGACUUCCAAUGCUUUAAGUCCAAGUCUGUGACUAACUUGGCUGAAGCCACCGCUGACCCUGUCAUAGAACUGGAGCCUAGUCGAGCUAGAGAAGAAGUUGAGGUGCCGGAGGCAGGGGAGGUGGUGGAAGAGGAGCAGUGAUCGCUGGCGCCGCGCAGGGCUGUCCGGGUUCUGAUGGCGUUGUUCUGUUGGUAUACUACGUGACAGGGGACUGUGCGAAUUGCCAGGGGACUGUGCGGGGGUUAUUGUGCACGCCAGGGGACUGUGCAGAGGUUACUAUGCGUGCUAGCGGACUGUGCGGAGUUUACUGUGCAUGCCAGGGUACUGUGCGGGGUUUACUGUGCAUGCCAGGGUACUGUGCGGGGUUUACUGUGCAUGCCAGGGUACUGUGCGGGGUUUACUGGGCGUGACAGGGGACUGUGCGGGGUUUACUGUGCAUGUCAGGGUACUGUGCGGGGUUUACUGGGCGUGACAGGGGACUGUGCGGAGGUUACUGGGCGUGACAAGGGACUGUGUGGUGUUGUGCGUGACAGGGGAUUGUACACGCCAGGGGACUGUGCGGGGGUUACUGUACGCGGGAACGUCGAAAAAUAUUUGAAAAUUCAUAUUUCUAUGUUUAUGAGUUGGCACAGCCCCUCGACUCUUAAAGAUGAAUGCAAAAACGAGCAGCAUUGCUUCUCCGCCUCGCGUUUUAUUUAUCCAAGUCUUUAUAUUUAGCUUUGGCGGUCUGUGUAAAGCUCAGUCAAAUAGAUAUUUCCAUUCAAGUGGGUAUCAUGAUUAUCAUCAUUAAGAUAUUGAAGAACUUUGCAGACUAAACUUUGGAUACUGAAAUAGAAUGGAAUUUUUUUAUUUGGCUUUAAUGUAAUUGUACUAUUCCAAUGGUGUUCUUUUUAUAUUAUAUUGAUUAGGUAUA